AUUCAGAAGACAAUCCCCAGACAUUACUUUUCUCUGCAACUUGCCCGCAUUGGGUUUAUGAUGUAGCAAAGAAGUAUAUGAAAUCCAAAUACGAGCAAAUUGAUCUUAUUGGAAAGAGGACUAAAAAGACUGCUAUGACUGUAGAACAUUUGGCUAUUGAGUGUCACUGGUCCCAAAGAGCAGCAGUCAUUGGAGAUGUUAUUCAGGUCUACAGCGGUAGUCAUGGACGGACUAUCAUCUUUUGUGAGACAAAAAAGGAAGCAACUGAACUGGCUCUCAAUGCCUCAAUAAAACAGGAUGCACAGUCUUUACAUGGUGACAUUCCACAGAAGCAAAGAGAAGUCACACUGAAAGGCUUUCGAAAUGGAUCAUUUGGAGUUCUGGUGGCAACUAAUGUAGCUGCCCGUGGUUUAGAUAUCCCAGAGGUUGAUCUGGUAAUCCAGAGUUCACCACCAAAA